UUAAUUUCCUAGGUUGAGUCUUUCAUACCUUACCAUCUUAAGCCUUUCUUUUUUAAAGAGAGGAAAAAAAUUACUCCUUUUUUUCAUAAUAUAUACACACAACCAAACACACCCUCUUCUUCUUCCUCUUUUUAAUUUCUCUCUCCAUAAUCAAAGAAACUUGAAGUUGCUCCACCAAAAUCUUUACUCUACUUAUGGCAACCGUUAGCAUUUCAACUCUUUCUUCUCUCUUCCAAACACGGCAUACUCAUUAAAGAUCAAAACUUUCGCAAAUACCUUUUUUUUUAAAAAAAAAAAAUUGGGAUUUUGUUUCACUAUUCUUAAGUUUUGUUGAAGGGUGAUUGUCACUAACAGAGUGAUCUCCCAACAAAAAAAAAGUUAGAUUCUUUAUUAAACAAAAAUGGCUGCCAAUCAUCAUCAACAAUUAUUGGAAGAGAAAUCAUCAUCAUCAACAAGCUUUGGUUAUUCAGAUGUUCAUCAUAAUCAUCAUCAUCAUUUAGGAGUUAGCCAUCUUCAAAACUUUGAUUCGAACCCAGAAAUAUACAACUUAGCAAGUGGUAUAGAAAUGAUAGGGUUUCAACCAAAACCUCAUAAUUUAAUGGUUGCAGUACAACAAGAACAGCAACAUCAACAAGAAAUGGGAUUUAUGGAUGAUUCUUCAAGUUUAAGGCCAUGUGUUUUCCCUUGUGAAGGAAAUGAGAGGCCAAGUCAAGGCUUAUCACUUUCUCUCUCCUCUUCGAAUCCCUCCACUAUUAGCCUUCAAUCCUUUGAGUUAAGACAUAAUCUCCAUCUUAAUCAUCCUCAAAGAUUCGAUCUUUCUUCCCCGGAGAAGUCUCAUUCUUUUCAUCAUCUUCAACAACAACAACAACAUCAACCAUCUAGUGGUAGUGGUAGUGGUAGUGGUAGUGGUAGUAUGAGUAUACAGUUUGAGAUGAUGAGAAACUCAAAGUACAUGGGUCCCACUCAAGAGCUUCUGAAUGAGUUCUGCAACCUUGGAACAAAGCAACAGGAUGAUGAUGAUGAUUUACAAAGGAAAAAGCAACAGUCAUCUGAGAAGAAGAAGAAGAACAAAGAGCAAUGGGAAUUCGAAGAAGAAGGACGGGACGACGAUGGUGAUCGUAAUAGUAACCAGAAUAAUAAUGCGAGUACAAGUUCGAAUGUGAACUCAUCGUUGUAUGGUGUUAGUCUCUUGGAAUUACAGAAGAGGAAGACAAAGUUGCUUGGCAUGUUGGAAAAGUUGGACAGAGGGUACAAGCACUACUGUGAACAAAUGAAGGGAGUUGUGUGUUCAUUUGAGGCAGUAGCCGGUCCGGGCGCGGCGAAUGUGUACUCUGCCUUAGCCUCAAGGGCAAUGUCAAGACAUUUCAGGUGUUUAAGAGACACAAUUUUGACUCAAAUUAAGGACACCAAGAAAGCAAUGGGUGAAAAAGAUAAUGCAAAUAAUGCAACAAUUCUUGGUACAACAAGGGGUGAAACUCCAAGACUUAGGCUUUUAGACCAAAAUUUGAGGCAACAAAGAGCUUAUCAACAAAUGACCUUAAUGGAAACUCAUCCAUGGAGGCCUCAAAGAGGCUUGCCUGAACGCUCCGUUUCGGUCCUUCGUGCUUGGCUCUUUGAACAUUUCCUCCAUCCGUACCCAAGCGACGUUGAUAAGCAUAUCUUAGCCCGCCAAACUGGUCUUACAAGAGGACAGGUGUCUAAUUGGUUUAUUAAUGCAAGAGUGAGACUAUGGAAGCCAAUGGUGGAACAAAUGUAUGUAGAGGAGACCAAAGAGGAGCAAGACAACAACAUGGGGUCCUCCUCAGACGGUACCGAACAACCACCAGCUACUGAUCAUCUUACUAGCCUUAUUCAAGAUCAAAAACCGGAUCCUGAUCAGCUCAUUCGGAUUGACCCGGAUUCACUCUCAUCCAUCGUCAAUAACACCACUACUGCCACCGCCACCGCCACCGCCACCUCCACCUCGAGUAGGAAUUUAUAUUUACAGCAGAGUGGCCAAUUCAUUGGUAAUAGGGUUGAGGGUUUUGGUUCAGUGGAUCACUUGGAUUUCCCAUCUUCCUCAUCGUACAAUCAACAGCACCAUGCAGCAGCUUAUGGGAGUACUAAUCAAAAUGACAAUAGUACCCUUCACCAAGGGUUUGGUGGUGGGAAUGGUGGGGGCAACAAUGUGUCAUUAACAUUAGGGUUGCAACAACAUGGUGGUAAUGGUAAUGGUGUUAGCUUAGCAUUUUCGCCCGCGUCGCAGCCAACGGCUUCUUCUCUGUUCUACCCUAGAGAUCAUCAUCAUCAUCAUCAUCAUCAAAUUGAUGAUUGUGAACCAGUUCAUCAGUACUCACUCUUGGAUGGAGAUCAUCAAGGGCAGAAUAAUUUGCCUUACAGGAACUUAAUGGGUGCACAAGUACUCCAUGAUUUCGGCUAAUUUUCGAUGAUUAAUUAUGAUACAUUGAGUCAUCGAUCAUCCAAAUUAAAUCCCAUGGUAAUUCCAUCGAUCAAUAUAUGGACGUACUAAUGCAUAUUUUGAGGAUUUAAUUACUUAGUUUGUAAGGAACUUAAUUAUACAAAGUAGGUUGUUAGGUUAGGUACUAAUUAAGCUAGAAUUGAAGUGAUCAAUUUAAACAAGUACUUCUAUA